AUGUCAGGAUUGUGGGUUUUUUCGGUGGGUCGGUCGUUUGAAAACAUAAUUUACGCCAAGAAAAUAGAAAGAAAAUUAAGUUUUCAAACAGAGAAUAGUUAAAACAAAUACAUUACGAAUAAAUACUUCAACGAGAUUAGUUUGUAGAUGGUAAGAAGAAUAAGAUAAAUAAUACAACAAUUUCUAUAACUACAUAAAUGUCAAAAUAAAUUCACCAAAAAAGCAAACAAUUAAGAAUAAUAACAAAAAUAAACAAUUAAAAACACAAUAACAAAUACAACAAUUAAACUAAUGUGUAAUUAAAACAAAAUAUUUUUAAAUAAAAAACAAAAACAAAUUUUUUGAUAAUGCAGCCACAAAAAUUUAGAACACAACAUCAAACCGAAAUGCAGAAAUUGUUGUUAUUGUUGUAUGUAUGUAAAUAAUAAAUAAAUAAAAACACAAUAUUUAUUCUUUGACACAUAAUAAAAACAGAUAAAGUGAAAGUGUAUUUAAAAGCAAAAAAGUAUAUGUAAACAAAUAAAUUUAAUAAAAUUUAACACAACAACGUACUAUACUAGAAGAUAAAUAAAACGCCAAAAAAAAAAAUAGAAUUUGUUACGAGAUAUCAACGAAAUAAAAAAGUUUUUAAUUGAACUUUAAUCAAGCAUUACAAAACGUUUAUGUAAAUACAACUACAACAUCUUCCUCAAACAUUUUAAUUAUUGCAAAGUUCGGCGCAAAAUUGAAAAGUCUGACGUAAAUGAACGGUCCAGGCGAUUUAACAGUAACACAUAGUAGUGCCACACCAGACCCCAAGAACUGCAGUUUAGUCUCUAUAAUACCCAUAGUAGGUAUGUCAUCAUGUAGAGGCCGAGCUGAGGCAUUUGCACGCCGUUUAUCCUCCAAGUUGCGCACGUUAGGCACACAGGCUGACGAGGCAGAUCCCUCACAGGAGGAUGAACCCAUCAUAAAUGGAGGUAAUACAAAUACUUGGGUCACCGGUGGUGAUGGCGGAGAACAAACGGUCACAGAUCUACAACCAUUAAGACAUGAGUCGGAUUCGUUUUUUGAUUUCGAUUGCGAACUGGAGAGUCCCGGCAGUCCGGUUGAUGAAUGUGAAUAUUUAAGACUUAUAGAAUCUACUUCUAAUACACCACACAACUCGGCUGCAGAAUCGGGUUAUGCUUGUGCCUCAGCGGCCAGUUCACAUAGUUCCUCAGAUGGUCCCUAUUUUGAUGUUAAUUCCGAAAAUGAAGCCUGCAUGAGUCAUCUACAUCCACACCAGCUACAGACCUCAAAUCACAUAUGUCAACCACAUCAUCAGGCGGCUAAAGAUGAGGUGGAUUGUACAUCGUCGUCCAAACAAAUGACCGAAACGGGUCAAUGCAAUGGUUAUAACAGUCAUCAUGAAGAUUUAACACAAACACUGCCCAGCGAAGGACCCGAUAUUGAAAUGGCCAAACAGCAAGAGGAAACUUUACACAUGGAAAGCUCUAAACAAGUCGAUAUUAGCCAAAGUGUACAGGCGCAAAUCUUAAGGGAAUUGCAUCAACAAUCAUUGGAUUAUAAAGACGAGGAGGAGGAUAAUAAUAAGAAGAAUUUGGAGGAGCAGGAAUGUAAAAUAACAGAAGAUACAACUAAGGUAACAGAAACGGAAACGGCUACAGCUAAGGAAGAGGAAAUAAAACCGGAACAGGAAUCGAAACAAGUUGUACACAUUAUAAAUGGACAUGGCGAGAAUGGUGAAGAUGUUUUAAAGGUAGAAGUGGAAGAAGUUAUACCACAAAAAGAUGAAAAUAAAGAAGUUAAAAAACAGGAAAAUAACUCGAAUGAAAAUGAACCCUCCAUAACAAAAGACUCUCAACAGGAACUCGAUGUACCUUCGCAAACAGAAACUGAAAAACCCAAAACUUCUCAUUUACACAUGGACACCACCGACGAUGAAGAUGACUGUCGACCACAGAGAAUAAGACGUUGUUCCUCUUUGAAAACUGGCAAAACUCCACCGGGCACCCCAGGACGCAAGAAAAUUGUACGCUUUGCUGAUGUCUUGGGUUUGGAUUUGGCCGAUGUUAAGACGUUCCUCGAUGAAAUACCCACCAUACCCAAAUCAGCUUAUGAAGACUUAGAGAUCUUGGAAUCGGAACCGCCGGUACAAUUGGGACCCAAAUCCGAUAAAAUACUUAUGCCCCUAUUCCAACAGCCCGGAGGUUUACCCAACUAUUUGGAUAUUGUACGCGAAAAGUUAGUGUCACUGGAAAAUGCUGCCGUUACCGAUAGCAUUAAUCACACCAUAACCGGCAGUGUUCGAGUAAGAAAUUUGGAUUUCCAUAAAUCCGUACACAUACGUUAUUCGUUAGAUGGCUGGCGCAGUUUUGCUGAUUUGCAGGCAAAUUAUGUGGAAAACUCUUGUGACGGCUUCUCGGAUAAAUUCUCUUUCGUUUUGUUUGGCAAUUCGUUGCACAUUGGCCAGCGUCUAGAAUUCGCGGUGCGUUUUCAAUGUAAGGGUCAACAAUAUUGGGAUAAUAACUAUGGCUCCAACUACUGUUUCCAGUGUUUGCCCGCAUCGGCGCCUGUCAUAAAUCCCAUCGCAACAAUGCUUCCAUCACAUCAUAGCAAUAAUAUGGUCGCUCUAUUAAGUCCUACCGUGGGUGAAACCUGGUGUACUUCGUUUUAUUGAGCUCUCUCUCGAACACACACACACACGAGGAGUGAAGUGAAACUCAAAGUUUAAAAUUAAAACAAAUGCUAAUAUUAAGAAUUAAGCGAAAGUAAUUAAAUUAAACAAACAAAAAAAAACAACAAUUUAUAGAUUCUAUAGAAAUUAAUGUUAACAUGAUUAUGUUGUAUGUGUAUAUAUAUAGAAAAAAAUAUAUAUAGGAUGACCAGAUUACACUUAAGAAUAAUAAUACGAAUGAGAAAAAGAAAACAAAUUGAAAAAAAUUGCUUAAAAUAUCGUUAAAGUUAAAGGAUUUGCGGGCAAAUUUAAAGUUUGAUAAUGAUCAUGGUAUAGUUUAAGAGAAAGUUCGAAACUUUCCAGGAAAUUUGAAGCGUUUGAGUCGAAUGGGAAGAGCUUGAGUUAACUCUUUAUUUUAUACUUUAAUCUUAGUUUAAGCGAAAAAAGUUUAUAAGAUCUGCUCAAACGUUAGAUCAGUUUAAACGUUAGAUCAGUUCAAACGUUAGAUCAGUUCAAACAUUAGAUCAGUUCAAACGUUAGAUCAGUGCAAAUGUUGGAUCAACACAAACGUUAGAUCAGUUCAAAUAUUUGAUCAGUUUAAACAUAUGAUCGGUUCAAACUUAAGAUCAGUUCAAACUUAAGAUCAGUUCAAACUUAAAAUCAGUUCAAACUUAAGAUCAGUUCAAAGAUUGUAUCGGUUUAAACGUUUAAAUUGUAUACCCUUAAUGCACUUUAAAGAUGGCUUAUAUACUAUAGUCAGUUUUCAACUUACGCGCGAUCAAUUCAAACCUUUAAUGUCUGCACUUUAUUUAAAAUACUGAACUCAGUUUAAACUAAUGAUGUAUAAACUAGAAAUAGUUUUCAGUUUAAACUAAAUUUUCAAUUUAAAUAUUAAACGUUAGAUCAAUUCAUUUAAGUUUAAACUAAGUUUAGUAUAUAGGAGGUGGUCUUAAAGAUCAUCAAGAUGAAUCAUUCUAAACUUUAAACACAGCUCAAACACAUUUUUAACUUAAGGAUCAAAAGAUCCAAACAAACAAGAAUUCAAAACUUACUUUUGUUGCAGCUUAAAUGCUGAUCUUUAAGUUUAAAUCUAGUUCUUAGUUAAUUGAAUGUUUAACAAUUGAUCUUAAAGUUUAGAACUGAUCGUUAGUAAAAAAAAAUGUUAACAGUGUCUUGAAGAAACCAUUCAAAAACACUUGUAUAAAGUUCCUGCUGAUGCAGGGUCUCUACUGAUACAUAUAGAAAUGAACUCAGAACACGAUCAACUUUCUUUAAUACCUUGGUUUAAACUUCAUUAAACAUGAUUAACGGAUGAUCUCUCCUGAUCUUUAGUUACUCAAACUUGUAAAAACUCGUGUAUAAAGUUCCAGCUGAUGCAGGGUCCCUGCUGAUCCACAUAGAAAUGAACUCUGAACACGAUCAACUUCCUUUAAUAUCUUGGUUUAACUAUUGAAGUUUUGAAACUUUAUUAAACAUGAUCAACGGAUGGUCUCUCCUGAUCUUUAGUUACUCAAACCUGCUUUAACUCAAGAUGCUUGUACUACAGCUAUAUACAAGUUCGUUGCUGAUCUACAAAGAAUAUUGGAGAGAAAGAAGUCUCAUGUGAAUGUGAUCAAAAUAAUUGUAUUAAGUUUCCACUAAUGUAAGGUCCCUGCAGAUCCAUAUAGAAAUGAAUUCUGAACACGAUCACCUUCCUUUUAUACCUUGCAUUAACUAUUGAAGUUUUUAAACUUCAUUGAACAUGAUCAAAAGAUGAUCUUUCCUGAUCUUAAGUAACACAAAUGAGUUUUAACUCAAGGUGCUUAUAAUACAGAUAUAGACAAGUUCAUUGCAGAUCUAGAAAGAAUAUUGGAGGGAAAGAAGUCACCUGUGAAUGUGAUCAAAAUACUUACAUUAAGUUCCUAUUAGGUCCCUUCUGAUCCAUAUAGAAAUCAUCUUCUUUAAUAUCUUGCAUUAACCUUUGAAGUUAUUAAACUUCAUUGAACAUGAUCAAAAGAUGAUCCUUCCUGAUCUUAAGUAACACAAAUCUGUUUUAACUCAAGGUGCUUAUAAUACAGCUAUAGACAAGUUCAUUGCUGAUCUAGAAAGAAUAUUGGAGGGAAAGAAGUCACCUGUGAAUGUGAUCAAAACACUUGCAUUAAGUUCCUACUAAUACAAGGUCCCUCCUGAUCCAUAUAGAAAUCAUCUUCUUUAAUACCUUGCAUUAACCUUUGAAGUUUUUAAACUUCAUUGAAUAUGAUCAAAAGAUGAUCUUUCCUGAUCUUAAGUAACACAAAUCUGUUUUAACUCAAGGUGCCCUGCAUACAGCUAUAGACAAGUUCAUUGCUGAUCUAGAAAGAAUAUUGGAGGGAAAGAAGUCUCCUUGAAUUGAUCAAGAGAUGAUCCUUUCUUAAGUUACUCAAAACGGGUUUUGUGUUAAACCUGGUCAUAAAUUUAUCAAGAGAUGAUAUGUUCUGAUCUUAGUUACACUAAACGUAGUUUAAACUGUAUGCGCAAGUUCCUGUUCAGAUUCACAAAUAAAUAAAAUUGGCGGAUAAAACUCUCCCCUAAACACGAUUCAACAUAUUAGGUUUAAGCAUGAAAUGAUUAAGGACGUUUCACAAGAUAUUGGAGGAAAAGAAAGUCUUGAAGGUGUAGCGACCACCUUACCUGUAAGGGAAGUAAGGGAAGAGUUGAUCAAGAAAACGAUCACCUUGUUUAACACUUGUAAACCAUCAAUUGAUUAAAGAAGUUUAAACUUUUGUUAAACAUGAUCAGAAAUACUCUGUUCUGAUUUAGUUACUCAAACCUUUUACACUCGUUUUUAUUACAGCUAUAGACAACUUCACUACUGAUCUUAUAGAAGUUUGUCACAAAAAUAACUCUCUCUUGAAAACGUUCACCUUCCUCUAACAAUCUUGGUUUAAUAGUUAAUUGAUUAAGGAAGUUUGAACAUUAUGAUCUAUUUAUUUAUAACUCUUCCCUAAACACAAUCACACGAUCAUUUAACAGCUAUGUUUAAUCAUUAAUUGACUAAGAAAGUUUAAACUAUUGUUAAAUGAUCACCUUUCAUUAACCAUUAAUUCAUUAGGGAAGUUUUAAACUGUUAUUAAACAUGAUCAAGAAAAGAUCUGUUCUGAUCUUUAGUUUCUCAAAAUCAGUUUUACUCACUUGUAUUACAGGAAAAUAAGUUCACUGCUGAUCUACAUAGAAUACAACUCUAUAUUGAAUACGAUCGCGAAGUUUAAACUGUUAUUAAAUGUAAUCUAGAGAUGAUCUUUAAUUUAAAAGAAAUUUAUAGAUCGAAUCCCAAAUAUUUAUACCCACCGAAGUGAGAAGAUGUGAUUUUGUAACAGAUCAAAAUAUUGGUCGUGGACCUGUCCUUCCAUCUGUUUGUCUGUCUUUCUGCCUAUUGAAAACAUCAUGGCGCCUAAAUGGUUGAGUUCUUAGAAAUCGGAAGACUCUAUUAUAAUAGGGUCACAAAUCCACUAUGUCAAAUCUUUAGUUUAUUAAAAAAUGAAGAUUAAUUUCUAUAUUAAAAGCUUUAAAAAUGUAAUUAAUUCAAGAACCGAAAUUUUGAUUGAGAAUACUCGGGCUUUCCUAUUAUCUAUUAUUCUGGUGUAAUCUUGUACCUAUAUAUAAGUUUAUGGUUAUAAUUGCAGCCUUUUCUUUAUUGUUAAUGAAAUAACAAAAAAAAAAAAAAAAA